GUAGGGGAAAGCGUACAAUAUUUCAUAGCCAGCUAUUUUGAUCUUGGUCGUGUUCACGCUUCAAAUGUCAUCCCAAUCGUCAACAAAUUGGAUGUGAUUUAGAUCUACGUAAAGAUGAAAAAACAUUAGAUGGGGUCUGAGCAGAGUACACAGCCUCCAGCUGGAGCCCCCGGGAGUAACAUAAAGUCACAGAGAGAUGAGGAUAUUCCUUAUACCUCGUUUUCCAUCAGUAAACCUAUAGAUGGAGAGCCAAUGCGACACUCUCCCCGGAAUGUAGGUGGUCGGCCGCGCUCCUCUACAAAAGAUGGCAAAGAAGACACUCCUAAACAUAAAAUUGUAGUGGUAGCUGAUGGUAAUGUAUCGCCUAAAGACAAAGACCCGGAGUUAACCAAGCUUGAAGCCAUUCCUGUGUUCUAUCCGAUCAUGCGAGGGUCACUAAAUAUACCCACAAGUUCUCGUGACCCGGACAUUCUAGACAAACUGGACCAUCAGCAAAUUUUGUUACUGUGUAUUCGCUACCAAGAACACCUCCGACAGUUGUCAGAAGCCGUUGCUUUUGAUCAGAAUGCUCUUUGUGUCCGGAUCAAAGAGAUUGACUGUGCCAUAAAUAUGCUUGUGAAGUUGAUGUCUGACAGACAAAAGAAAUACCACAAAUAUGCUGAACAGUUUACAAGAGCUUCCGAGACCCUGACUGUUCUGAACAGGGUCAAGGACUCUGUGGACAAUAUCAUUCCUAAGAUGGAACGACUCAAUCAACUUCUGCCUGAAGGAGAACAGUUGGAACCCUUCAGUAUAUAUAUGAACACUCCAACCAAUACAGCUCCCAGUAAAUAGUAUUUUCUUUGGGCUAGUCCAUAACUCGGCCUGUAUUUAUUGUACAUUUUUUUUGAAUUUUUAUCUUUGGCAGAUCCAGGAUCUCGUCAAGUAGGGAUUUUUGAUUUUGUUAAAAAUUAUUCAUAUUUCUAAUACAUUACACCGAUUUAAGUUAUGUUUGUGUUGGGGGUGAGGGAUGGGGUUAUACAUGUACACAUGAAUGACCUUGACCUACUUUCAAGGUCAAAUUUGGUCAAAUGAAUAAUCAUCGGAAAAAAAAAAUCUAAUAUUUGUCCAUUAACAUGCUGGGAUAACAGCUCUUGGCAGGCUUGUGAGUUUGUUGAAUGAAAUACCUUGACCUAUCUACUUUCAAGGGCAUGGACAUCCUAUGUUUCAAAAUCUGUAUUUAAGCAUUUCAAAAAUAUUUUCUUAAUUACCAAUUCACAAGAGGCACAGAAUCAUGAUAUUGGGUUAAUGAAAUACUGGGAUGAAACAGUACAAAGUGGUUUUUUUUUUCUCGAAAUGAAUAACCUUUAAAUACAUGUACUUUCAAGGUCACAGUCUUGUUAAAAUCUGUAAAAAUUACUACUGUACUUGUAAAUCAUGUGAUCACAAUCAUUAUCUCAAAGACUUGUACGUUGUAUUCAUUCCGGAUUUUCUGUUGUACAUUUGUGAUGUGUCCUCUUUAGUUAAUUGGGGUUGUUUACACAUAAUAUCAACAGUUGUACUGUACAUCUAAAAAAAAAUUCCCAAAUAUUUAUAGAAAUAUCUGAACAAUACAAGAACAGAUUAAAUCAAAAUUAAAUGAA